AUGGCCAGGCGGGAGGGUCAGGAUGAUAAUCUGGCCCUGGUGAAUAUUCACCAUGGAGCAGAUGAUCUGGCUGAUGAUGCUGAUGAUUGGAACAAGGAAGAUUGCUUCUACCAGUUCAUUGCAUCCGAUCUUUGGAUUGUAGAGAAGGACUGGCAAGAGGCAUAA